AUGUCCCAGAACCAGCACCGUCUCGCUCCGUCGUCGUCCAACUCGCAAAGGAGGCCCGCCCGCAACAGCUCUUCUUCUGGGGGAGGGUCGUCCUCCAGCGGCGACUCGAGAGGUUCUUCCAGCAACAAGCGCCGCCACACCAACGGGUCCGGCAUCGGUAAGAACAGAUCCCGGCGUGCGGCCGUCUUCGACACGGAAGAGGAGGACGAGAACGUCGACCCCCGACAGGCCGUCGCGGAUCUAGUGGAGUCGAAAUUGCGGAAGGCGACGUCGAAGCAAGCAGUUGCCUCUUCUAUCCCUGAGGCCGCCGACGCCAUGUUAGACGCCAUGCACGUCAUGGAGUGGUGCCCGGCGCUACGUUCGACAGUGCUUUGCCGCCUGGCCAAAGAUGAAGGCCUGAUGUUCGCUUCCCAGUCGGAUUUUGGUAAGGCUAAUGCUGAACCAGAGAACAAGAAGACGGCGUUUAAAAGCGCCGCGUUCCACCUCAUUUUGCCGUUCAUGGCGUACUUCAAGGGCAUCUGCCUGACGACUAUCGACUGCAGGGAACACAGCCUGCUGAAGAUAGUUGGAAACUUGUGGGGUGAAUGGGACCCGGAACGACCCAUCACCCAGACCGAGCUCUCGAAGGAGGUCGCCGUCUCAUCGCGCCCAUGA